GCCGCCGCCUCUUGCCCGCUUCCCCUCGCCUCGGGGGGAAAGGUCAGCAGCGUCCUGGAGCCGCCGUGCCCUUCCCCGACAGCCAUGAAUUGCAGCGAGAGCCAGCGGCUGCGCACCCUCCUCAGCCGCCUGCUGCUCGAGCUGCACCACCGGGGCAACGCCAGCGGCCUGGGCGCCGGCCCCGGCCCGAGCAUGGGCAUGGGGGUCGUGCCCGACCCGUUCGUGGGCCGCGAGGCGACCAGCGCCAAGGGCGACGACGCCUAUCUCUACAUCCUGCUCAUCAUGAUCUUCUACGCCUGCUUGGCCGGAGGCCUCAUCCUGGCCUACACCCGCUCCCGCAAGCUCGUCGAGGGCAAGGACGAGCCGGCCCAGGCCUGCGCGGCGCACGAGUGGGCCGCCGCCGACGCCGAGACUGCCGCCGGCUCGCUGGCCGCCGCCAGCCGCCAGCUCGCCCCCGGGGCGCCUACCACCCCGGCCACGGAGGGGGUCUAGACCCGCCGCUCCGCUUGUCCCUCGCGCGCGCGCGCCCUCCUCAGCUGCCGCGUCCCCCGCGGGCGCGGCGCCCGCCUGCUCCUUUCCUUCCCUUCCAGGCGCCGCCUCACCUGAGGCCCAGACAAGGAAAGGCCAGCAGACCUUGUCUGACAGGCUCUGGAAGAAGCACCCCCUUACCCAGCCCAGCCAGGUUUCUCCCUCCUCUCCCUCCUCUCCCCACCCCCUAUUCCUUCCCCCCGCCCCGCCCCGCACACCCAACUGCACUAAACUGCCUCUGCUCUCUUGUCUUCAGACAGCCCAGACAGCACGCUCCAGCCCUCUGGGAAACUGAAUCCACAACGUCCAACACCUGGCAUUGAAGGGAAGCCCUGAAGUCCAUCAGAACUCUGGUCCGUCUAACGGGCAGCUGCUCCAGGGCCUGCCAGGGACUGCUCGCUCUGCAGAGCCAGCGGGCUUGCCAUCGCUGCCAGGCGGGCCACAGCAGCUCCAGCUUCUUGUUGCCUUAGGGACCAAGACAAAGAAACUCAAGAGACCUCAGACAUCUUUCCCCUCCCUCCCUCUUGCCGCAGGGAGCUCCCAGGACACUAGGACCAGUCUGUGGGCUAGGAUGGACUCAAUGGGGACUGAAGGGGGAGGGAAGCUCAAGGGCAGGGGAAGACCUAUGACCCCAACUGUAUGGCUUUCUUGCAUCCAGUUGUCAUCCCAAAGGUAACUUGCCCGAUUUUGAGCAGCUCUGCCGUCUUCUGAUGUGGGUAACCACGGCUAGGUGUAUCCGCUCUGUACCUGCAAAUGCCCCCCCACCCCCACCCCCGUGUGGAUUCAGUUUUUACCGCAGCUGUCUGCUUCUUGUAUGGAACACGAGGCUCAGACGUUUGCCUCCUCUGUAAUCUGGGGAAUGUCAGAGGCAGGUAAUAAAUGUUGUUGAAGCAAUAA